AUGGUUUGAAUUUAAUUCAAUUUCAUGUUUUCGCCAUAAUCAAUGUUUGGAACGUAAAUUUAAAAAGUCUGCACUAAGAAGUGAAGUAUCCAAAAUGGCCGAAAGAAAGCAAUGAAGCUUCCCUCGGUUGUUAUGUUAUUUGUGUUGUGAAUGAAGUUUUAAAAAGUGUUAAAAAUGAAAGAAAUCAACAUAAAUAUCGAAGGAUACAAUGUCAACGGCAUAUGUGUGGGCUGUUUAAACUAUAAUCGCCCAAUGUUUUACCACAGUGACAUAAAGGAAUGCUUUCGUUUACUGGGAAAUAUCGACGUGCCAGACGGUCUUGAAAUCCAAGUGUGCUGGGAAUGUCUAGCUUACGUCCGAUCAGCUUUAAGAUUUAGACGGCAGAUACUGAAUUCAUUUGACUUCCUCAUGACAUACUCAAAUCAACACACAUUCCUUGAUUCUCCAAACGAUUUCAUUUCGAGAGCGUCUAGCAGACUUAGUGUAACGAAAUUGGAAACCUGUGUCUGUCUACCCAAAGAGGAGCCCUUGGAUGUCGAAGUUGCUACAGAAAAAGGUCUGAAGGAUGUUAUCAAAGAGGAAAAUUAUUAUCCAGAAUCAGAUAUAAAAUCGGAAAUACUAGACGAGUCAAUAUUUAGUGAUGUGGCACUUGAUGCUGGCAACACCAGUGAGGAAGAUGUACAGCUGUCUCUUCUUAAAGUCAAAGAGAGCGGGAGAAAGAAGAAGAGAAUAAAAGAAGAUAAAGUUGAGAUUGAGAUAGAACCAACAGCGGUUCCCACGGAUAAUAUAAAAAUUGAAGAAAAGAAAAGAAGUCGUAAGAUGAAGAAUCUCUCUGAAGACCUGGUGGAGUUGUUCACUAUGACCAAUGAGGAAAUGCGCGCAGUCAGAAAGGAUGAUCUUAAUAGCAUUGAGUUUCUGAAGAUCAGGAAUAGAUGUGAUCAUUGUAUUAUUGGUUUUAAUACGGAGAGAAAGAGACAGGAACAUUUUAAAGGGAAACAUAUGCCGAAAGGCCCCGACUGUUAUCUCUGCACGAUAUGCAACUCGUACUUGUCAACCAAGGACAAUGUCGCCUCUCACUCGGCGAACCACUUGUUGGGUUUCCGCUGCCGGCGGUGCGGGUUCGUGUCCGCUCUCAAACGGCGCGCGAUCAGCCAUCAGGCCCAACAUGAGAGCCAGACUAAUGUGUGUCAGCAUUGUAAUACAGGUUUUAGUACAAAAUCCAAGUUGAUAUAUCACCGCGCUAUAUGCCAACAGGAGAGGCCGCAGUGCGACUGCUGCGGGAAAGUCUUCGCUAAUAAGAUGACGCUGAAGUUCCAUCUCAAAUCUAUAUUGAAAAGUAAUCAACCAGAAGAAACGGAGAAGAAGAAAAAGGACAGAGUAUUAAUACAGUGUAAACACUGUAAGAAGUUGUAUCGAUCGAAGAAGAGUUAUAGAUCUCAUGUUGUAAUCCACGACGGCGUAUCCUACCCGUGCGACAUAUGCGGCAAACUGUUCCAAUGGAAGCGCAAUCUCGCGCGACACUUGCGCAAUCAUCGCGAGAAGGAGUCCGGGGCCAGGCACGAGUGUCGCGAGUGCGGCAAGACGUUCGCGAGCCGCGAGUGUCUCAACCAGCACAUGACGCUCAGCAAGCGGCACGUGGCCGAGGAUAACUUCCACAGACACGAAUGCAACUACUGCGGCAAGAAAUACGCAACAAAAUGGUGUCUCACGGAUCACAUAGAUUGGGACCAUUUGAAACUCAUCAAGUACCAGUGCACUAUAUGUUUCAAGGCAUUCAAAACGUCAAAAAUAAUGGUGGCCCAUGUAAAUAACGUGCACGAAGGCAAGAAACGGGAGGCCGACGGCCGGCACCUGUGCGAGAUAUGCGGGAAGGAGUAUAAGACUGUAAAACGCCUAAAGAGUCACAUGUCAGUGACACACAUGAAACGAAUGACCGGCAAGAACUACAAGUGCAAGCUGUGCGCGGCCACCUUCACGUGGCCGACGAGCAUAUACAAGCACAUGAAGAUGAUGCACUCGUCGCAGAGCAAGAGUCCACGACGAGUGAAGAAAGAAGACCAAUAUAAAGAAAGCCAUAACUUAGCGAGAGUACAAUAUUAUCAGCAGAACGUCGGCGGGAACCUGAGACUAGUGAGCAUACAACCCGAACAUAUGGAAGUGGCUCAGGAGAUCACCUAUCCAUGAUGGAAACCAGGAUCACAGGUCUGCUGUUUAUAAUGGCAGAAUAGUGAAUGGAAAUUGGAUUAAAUUGUCACUAUUCAUGUUAGAGAUGCGCUGAAUAGUGGUUACACCGACUAACUAACUAAGGGCUGAUUUUUCAAUCGCCAGAUAACUAUUCGACGAAUAUGUUUGACAUUUUGACGGCUUUUGUAUAGAAAAUUAUGUCAAACGGCCAUAUUUAUUCCUCGGAUAAAAGUUAUAUGAUGAUUCAAAAAUCGGCCCUAAACCGGCUAGUUUUAUGACUAUACACUAUACAUAUGUAUUUAACGACCUCCGUGUUCGAAGGGCUUACGCACCGGUUUCAAGAUGUCGCUAGCUCUGAGGUCCCGGGUUCGAUCCCCGGUCGGGUCAAUGU